GGAAUAAUUCACAGCCUAACAUUGGCACAAUAUUCAUCUGCUUGAGCAUUCUCCAAACAGUUUACCAGGUUCAAGAAAUUAAAUGGCAAGUAAUAUGGCGGUUGCUGCUGCGAUCUUCUUCUUCUUCAGCUUUUUUGCCGGUUAUUCGCAUGCAGACAGUUGGAACAAGAUGGGGAUAAACUACGGGCAGUUAGGGAACAACCUACCAUCGCCGUUUGAAUCGAUUCAACUCCUUCAAUCUUUAAAGGCGGGUAGCGUAAAGCUCUACGAUGCGAAUCCUGAGAUCUUGAAACUUUUAGCAGGAACCAAUAUGCAUGUAUCAAUUAUGGUACAAAAUCAUGAAAUCAACAGGAUUGCUUCAGACCAGGCGGCAGCUAACAACUGGGUUCAGGACAAUGUUCUUCAACACUAUCCUGAUACCAUGAUUCGAUUCAUUCUAGUCGGAAAUGAAGUUCUAAGCUACUCUUCAGACCAAGAUAAGAUAAUCUGGUCUAAUCUCGUCCCUGCAAUGCGGAAGAUCAAAAACUCUCUCAAAUCACACAAUAUUCAGAACAUCAAGAUUGGUACUCCACUAGCUAUGGAUGUACUCCAAAUAACAUCACCACCAUCCAAUGGAACUUUCAGGUCAGAUAUUUCUACGGUGAUGCUACCGUUGCUCAAGUUCUUGAACGGUACUAAAUCAUACUUCUUCAUUGAUGCUUACCCUUUCUUCCCAUAUUCUAAUAACACUGCCAAUGUAAGCCUUAACUAUGCAUUGUUCGAAUCUAGCCAGAAUUACACUGAUCCUAAUACUACCUUUAUAUACACCAACCUUCUAGACCAAAUGCUCGAUUCGAUCGUUUUCGCUAUGACCAAACUGGGUUUCUCUAACAUCAAGCUCGCGAUAGCAGAAACCGGUUGGCCUAAUGCCGGUGAUUUAGAUCAACCUGGUGCUAACAUUUACAAUGCAGCUACAUACAACAGAAAUCUCAUCAAGAAGAUGACAGCAAGGCCUGCACUCGGAACGCCAGCUAGGCCAGGUGUAAUCAUACCGACUUUUAUCUUUUCGUUAUACAACGAGAACCAAAAGCCUGGUCCCGGAACAGAGAGGAACUGGGGAAUGUUGCGUCCAGAUGGCUCACCUAUUUAUGAAAUUGAUUUGUCAGGGAAACGUGCAGAAUCUGACUUUACAUCAUUGCCAAAACCCACUAAUAACAAACCCUACAAUGGGAAGCUAUGGUGUGUUGCAGCCACUGGUGUUAAUGCGACAAUGUUAGAAGGGGCGAUAACGAAUGCAUGUAACCUAGGUAACGGAACAUGUGAUGCAUUGACACCAGGGAAGAAUUGCUAUAAUCCAGUAACGGUAACUUGGCACGCAAGUUAUGCUUUUAGCUCUUACUGGGCAAAGUUCAGGAGUCGCGGUGGCAGCUGCUACUUCAACGGACUUGCACAGCAGACCACCACCAAUCCUAGUCAUGGAUUGUGUGUGGUUCCUAGCGUCAGUCUCUGAAGAAUUUCAUAUUUUGAUAAGAUUUCAGUAAUAGUAAGCACUAUAAGAUAGUUUAUCACAAAUAAUAAUGUCUAGUCUAAAAAAUUAGUUGUGUUUAUCAUUUGUUGUUGAAGUCAUGUAUUAUGCAUGAAAGUGUUAUGUUUUGUAUUCUGGAUUUCUACAUUAUGGAAAAACGAAUUGUAUUGUCA